CAGGAGGGGGUUUGCAGGACUGCGGAGAGCGCCGCAGUAGCAGAAGCGGCAGGCAGUGAGAGUCUGGGACACAUACACCACCAACAAAGACAAAACUACAUAAAAACCCCUGACAAUACACAGUCGCAGGCCCCCACCCCCACCCCAACCUCAGCCUCCACAUUCAUCUGUCGCUCUCACAAAUCUCUGUUAUUUGAUUUCCCUCUUAAAACACUUCCACCAGUUCCACCUUCCGCCUUCUGCCUCCGCCUUUCGCCCUUCGCAGCCCCCAUUCCACAAUGAAUUCUUCAUGGAUUUUCUUCCUCUUGUCUGAAAAAUUCUUCUCUCCCUGCCACCUCCACCCCCACUCCAGGAAGAACGAGAAAAAUAUUUUCUGUUUGGAUUGCUGCCUCACUCUCUGCCCCCACUGCCUCCCUCUUCACGACUCUCACCGUUUGCUUCAGGUUCGUAGGUAUGUCUACAACGACGUCGUUCGGCUCGAUGACAUGGAGAAAUUGUUCGACUGCAGAUUCGUUCAGUCGUACAUAACCAACAGUUCGAGAGUGGUUUUCCUAAACCACAGGCCCCAAACACGCCCCAUCAAAUGCUCCGGCAGCUUCUGCAGUUCCUGCCAGAGAACUCUUCAAGAGCCGUACCAAUUCUGCUCUCUAGCUUGCAAGGUACGGCAUGCGGUAGACAUGGAACGGCCGGUUUCGAGGUACAUUUACGACUGCGAGUGCCUGCAGCCGUUGGAUUUGGGGUGCGCGAAUCUCGAGGAGUCGCAGAUGACGCCCGGCUCAGUAUUGGACGCUGAGGUCUCGUCUCGCAAUACGACGUCGUCUGGCUCCUGCUGUGACGGUGACGGUGGCAUUGGGUGCUUAAAUGUCGGAUGUACGGCUACGACGGAGAAGGUUACGCGGAAGAAACGGUCCACCCGAGUCGCGGUGGCAAAUUUUUGUGACCGAAUUACCCCUCGCUCAGUUAGCAAGCGCAAAGGCCUCCCUCUUCGUAGCCCACUGUACUAGCAUAGGUUUUCCAGGGGUGUUAAUGGAUAUUUUGGAAAGGGCAAAAUGGUGAACAUAUUUUGUCAGUUUUGGUUUCAUUUUGAAAUGAUGUAAUUGCGAUGACUGAUGAGGGACCGGGCACUUGUGUAUUUUUCCUUUUUCACUACAAAUUUCAAGGGUUUACAUGGAAUUAUAUUUUUUUUCCAA